AUGGGGAAUAGCGACUCGAAGCUUACUCAGAGCCGAGAACAUAUAUUCCAACUCGCCGGGACUGUAAACAUACCACUUUACGCAAGCUGGGCUUCUCAAGAGUCAGCAGUUCGAUACUACAAAACACCAACAUUCGUUGCCACCGAAAACGACGAUGAUAGAAUAGUCGAACUCACACCAGAUCCCUUCUCAGCGUACUUCAAUACCUUUGUUGAAAGUUCAUUAGAAGCGACAGUGGUAUAUUCUAUCGUGACAACUCAAGAAGUACGACUUUUGUUGGAAUCGAAUUACCAAAAUUUCAGUGCGCUCGUUCGUUUUGCCACGAUCAAGUUCUGCUCGCUGGUCGCGCAGAUGCAAGAGUCACAAAAUCUGGUGCAAUUUCGUAUGUUAAAGACACAAGCUUUGACCUGUGUGCGAAUUUUGAUCAAAAUUUUGCCUGUGCUGCUCGAGAGUGAUGCCAGGUCAGAGCUGGACUCUGCUUUUUUUUGGACCCGGAAUAGUCGUCAGGCGUUCCAAAAUAACGAUUCUUUACCUGGAAACCAGCACAACGGCGGAGACAUAGAUUCUAGCUCGUUUGGCGAGCUCUCCUCAGCGAGUUCCGCUGACCAGCCUAGCAUGCCUAGUUCGGACCACAUCACGGCCAAUAAAGCGCCUUUGGAGUCACUGCGCGUCCUGAUUGAUGCAGUAGAGUCUGGCGAGGAUUUACUUCCGCCAGGGCUCGUGCUCUUGCAAUCAUGUUUAAAAUUACUUUUUAUGGAGGGCUUUUCUGUACCUCUUACACAGCCGGAUCUCAAGAGCUUGGGCUCGGAUUCGAGUCUUCUUUGGGAAAACGGCGUGGGUACGAGUGAGACGUCAUAUCAGAAUCCGAAUCCGAAACUUGAUGCUGCGAGACUAGAAGUUUUGCAAUUACUUCUAACCCUAUGCUCUACUGAGAUUUAUAACACCGAGUUUUCGAAGUUUCUUGCGGUCAUGUGUACUUCAUUACCCGAGUUUGAUAUUGUUCGCAUGAUUUCAUCGUUUCUGAACUUGGUCUGUCGGUCGUGCAGGAAUAACGAUGAUAACAAUGGAUUACACUAUCCAUCAAAUACCUACUCCAGUUCUCUUAAGCCUCAACAGAUUGAUUCCCUGCGAAAACAACUUGUCACUACUUCUUUACAAUUACUGAACGUUAUGAUAUCCUUUUCAGUCGAAGGAAGAGAUAAACAGGAGCUAUAUGACUUUUUGUAUGGCCUUAACCUUUACCCAACUGACUACCAGAUCAAUAACGGCGCAAGAAUGUACUUAUCAACCUUGAGACGAGAAUUUGAUCUGAAAUUCGUCCUCGUGUCUCUUGCUACCCUUUUGAAGAGACCCCUGGAUAAAGCCAUCGACAACGAAUCGAAUCCGUUCAACAUUCUCAAUGGCAGUAGUGUGAUGAAAUCCAAGACUUCUAGAUCAUCUCAAAGAGUUUAUUCUGCAAACAGAGCCGAAAAUAAUGACAGCAAAGCCAAUCCAACUCUUCCGUCUGUCCCUCGAUGGUCAUUGCAGGUCUUUGUUUUAUUAUGGGAAUUGAUGGCAUGCAACAAAUCUUUCGAGAACUAUGUGGCUGACAAGUACGGGAACAAGCUUUUGAUUAUCUGCAUCUUUUACAUUAAAUUUUAUUCCAGCACACCAGAGUUGCGGAAUAACAUAAUUCCGUUAAUUUCUGGAUUCGCAACUUACCUUUCAUCGAAGCCGUUGAUCUUCUCGAAGAUGUUAUGUUGUUUCAAUGGCAAUUACUAUACGAACAAAAUCCCAAAUUUCUACAAGCUUUCGGUGGGUGGGAUAGAAAGCCUCACUUACCGCGACUUCGCGGUGUCCCACUUAGUCAACGUUGCCAUUUUACAAGUCGAUCUGAAUGAGGUUUUGCAUCCUUCUCUCUUCGAGCUCAUUUACAACCUCUUAUGCACAUCAUCAGACACCAAUCAAGAAGAUCUCGUGCAGCUGUCUUCAGAAAAAGUCAACAAGAGAACAGCGAUGAGCUAUGGUACAUCUGCUUUAAUAAUUCAGUUGAUAUCCAAGAUGUCAAGUAAGACUUUUUUAUCGACAUUGGCACAGAAUUCAGCUUCGAAGACGGCUAAAGGUCUGGAACGGUCGCAAGAGGAUAGCGAUAUCGAACCGCGAGCUUAUCUGACAACACCGGGUCACAAGCUUGAUAUGCUUGCAUUGUUGUUGAGAGCAAUUUUGCAAUAUCUCAUAAAUCAUUUCCAGAGCUCAAUUAAUCUUCUAUUCGCAUUGUCGCGAAACGAAAGAGCGUUACAAAAGUUGAAAUUGAGUAUUGAUGUUAUUUCCAAGACGCUCAACGGAUCCAUUAUUUCCCAAAAAGACGAGGCUGGAAAGCCAGCAGAGAAACUGACGAUAGAUGAUUACUUUGAGAAUGCAUACGUUAAACUUGUUGAUGACGUUGAUGACUUUAAUGCUGGAAAAAAGUCGUCAAGCUCAUUCUUUAGUGACAAGGCAUCCAUUCCGUGUUUUGUCGUUAAUUCGAACAAGGUCGAUGAAGUGGAGGCUACCGCCGUAAAAUUGAACAAUCAAUCACCUGGCAAAACCGUCGAGUUAUUUGAGCACGUCGACUACGAGUACGAUCCUUUCGAAUCCAACAUGAAUCUUCUAAUAAACUCGAGACCCGCUAGACCUCUGGGUAUGAGUUACAAACAGAAAGCUAAAAUCAGGAAAACUCAAAACCUUGCUGUGAGCUGGCUGGGUUAUUCCUCAUUACAGGUUUUGUUAAAAAUAACCCAUUUCAUGAAUAACAAAUUUCCUGAAAUAUCCCAAGCCAACUCAUCAAACUUUUUGAGCUUGCUGGGCAAGUUGAAAAAUUACGAUACCGUUUUUAGAGAACGCGUUUACCGGGUACUAACUCCAAGUCUAAAAAAGUCCUUGGAGAUGAGCUCGGCUCUAAGUGUAAACUGGUUCUCCAAUGAAGUGACCAUGCAGUGGUUUAGAUCAAUUAUCUGGGCUGAUGUCUUUAAUCGCAAUAGUUUACCAUUUGUGAGUGUUUUUUCGAGGGAGUUCGACAAACAGGAGGGAAAUUCCCAAAAUGGCCAGCCUGCCCAGCCACAGACACCAAGUCUUGAGAGAUGGAACUCUCACGGCUCUACACUCUCGCGAACAAACAGCAAUGGAAGCUCAGUUUCCAACUUUCUUUCGUUGCACGAUCCGGAGUCAGCUACAAAUAGUUGCCCUAACAGCCCAACUGUCGGGGGCAAUGUAUCCACCUGGAUGAAGGGAAAUUACUCUACUGGACACAGCAGCGAACGCUCCUCGCUUUUCAAGUUUUCGUGGACGGGUUUUAAUAGAGGAAGCCCGGAUGAUAAGAUUGAUGAAGAAAGCGACACUCAUUCUGUAGUUAGUGAAAGACGACAACGGAGCGAUUUCAUUCCGGAUAUGGGUAUAUUGAAAGCAAACAUCUGGGUAGGGACGCGGGUGACUCUAUUUCCAGUGACCGUUGAAGAAAGGGAGACCAACUCAUUGAUUGAUAUGACAUCAAAUUUUUUCCGAAAGUUCAUAUACAAUGGAUCAGGAGGGUUAUAUGGAGCAGAUGCCGUUGUUGUGACAGCAGGAACGUUGAAUCCAUCAACGUCGCGCCCCUGGACACCGAGAAACUCUAACACAAGUUUCACUUCAGGAGGAUUGCAACGGAAUGGCAUACCGCAACGUUAG